AUGAAGGAACAAACAAUCAAUGCUAUCUUAAAAUGGCUAGACGGCGGAGGCGAGGAAUCUCAAGGAUCAGAUCAUGAGCAACACCCGCAACAGCAGCAUCAGCAGCAGCGGGUGCCGCAGCUGCUGCAAGAAGAUCUGCAUGAUCAGCAGCCGCCGCCUCAGCAGCAAUACUACUCCCCGCUUGAGAAAAGCCGAUCGCUGCUGCUGUUGCUUGGGCCUGCUGCGUCUCCAUCUCUGCUUCAGCUGGCUGCUGCUGUCUUUGGCCCGGCUUAUGUUGCACCUUCCUUCUUGCACCAGCAGGCAGCAGACCUAUUCGGUGCGGUCUCUCUUAAUCUCGUAACCGCACAGCAGCAGAAGCAGCAUCAACAGAAGCAGCAGCAGCCUCACGGGACAAUGUUCGUUACUCGGGAACUUCUUGAGGGCCAUCCCCACGUUGUCACUCCACUCGCCGAGGAUGAGUUGCUGCUAUACAGUGGCGGCUACCAUCUAGGAGCUCUUCAGAUCGGCUGUGGGGUCCGGGAGUGCGGGAAGGAACCGCUGCCGCCAUAUGCAUUCCCUUUGCUACUGGCACCUCCUACGGCGUUCGCAAUAGACAGAAACGGCAGCAGCAGCAGCGCCUACAGCAGCAAAAGCAGCAGCAGAAUGGCCUUCGCCUCUGCUCUGCAAUCGCGAGGCAACAACAGGGUUCUCCUCUUGAGCGGCCCACAGGCCUGCAGUGGCGCCUUCACAGCAAUCGACUACAUACCUUUCGCCGGAUAUGAAUUCGUUAGCCUGAUGCUGCUGAUGCUUUGA